AAAAACAUAAACAUCGUAUUUUUGUUAAAACUAUAAACUAUAAUUCAGACGAAGGAAAAUGAAAAAAUGUGAAUUUAGAAAGUACAGAAAUACAGCUUAAUAACCGAUGGUCAAAAAUAUAACACUAGCAGCAAAAAUGUAUUUUUGGAGUCCCCAGAUCUAAUUUACUGACCUCAGUACUUACAUAAGUGCGCGAAAGAGUGAGGGAGAGACGUAAGCAGUUCGUUAGGAAAAGGAAGGAAAGGGAAGGAAGCAACGAAGAUCCUUGACUCAUAUUUUAAAAAUAAACCCUUAUAACUUUAGAUUCAACCCACAUAACUCCCACUCUUGCACUGACACAUACACACAUUGACACCCACAGGCACAUUGGUUGCAGCAAGUGAAGAGAAAUAAAUAAAAUCGUAGAAAUUUCUACAACCAAAGGAAAUUCAUUGCAAUACUACAAGUGUUUGACGUUCAACUGGGCCUUUGCUAAUUACUCAACAACUUUGUAGAUGCAUACAUACAUAUGUUCGCCCUCCUGCCUGCCAGCCUGCCAGUUUGCCUACAAGUAAACAAGACAAGAAAAUAAGCCAACAAGCAAACAACUACACAAAUGAUAUAAAUAGUCGACAAAUAGCUACAACAACAACAACAACAACAACGAGCGAGUUAGAAGAAACUUUUCAAUCAAUUCAAUUCAAUCAACAAUUCAAUCAACAAUUCAUUUAUUCAACACCAGCAGACGAUCAACGGCUUUGUGUCAGCUCUAUCGUCCAUACGCCGGCAUAUUCCUACGUGCAUACAUAUUUACACAGUUUUUUGCGUAUAUAUAUAUAAAUUGUUGUUGGAUUUCAUUUUUCGUACUUGAUUUAGUCCAGUACGAGUAUCUUUGACUUAGACGCAUUAGCUUGUUGCUUGUUUGUGAAUUGAGUGCAGUUUAAACGUGCAAUGGCAACAUGGAUAACGAGCAGCCACAUCAGGAAUUAGUCAAGUGCGUUUUGGUUGGUGACACUGCCGUGGGGAAGACACGUUUGAUAUGCGCACGCGCAUGCAAUAAACAUGUUUCGCUGUCACAGUUGCUCUCGACACAUGUGCCCACUGUUUGGGCCAUCGAUCAGUAUAGGAUUUAUAAGGAUGUACUCGAACGUUCUUGGGAGGUAGUGGACGGCGUGAAUGUAUCAUUACGUUUAUGGGACACAUUUGGUGAUCAUGACAAGGAUCGAAGAUUCGCUUAUGGACGAUCUGAUGUGGUACUCCUAUGCUUCUCUAUUGCCAGCCCCAUUUCGUUGCGCAAUUGCAAAGCCAUGUGGUAUCCGGAGAUACGACGUUUCUGCCCAGAUGUGCCGGUCAUAUUGGUAGGCUGUAAGAACGAUCUGCGUUAUAUGUAUCGUGACGAAACGUAUUUAUCGUACUUUGGCGAGCGCAGCACCUUCGUGCGUGCCGCACUCAAAAGUGACCUCGUCAUGCCAGAUGAGGCGCGUGCCGUUGCCAAGGAGUUGGGCGUUGCCUAUUAUGAGACGAGCGUUUUCACAUAUUUCGGUGUGAAUGAAGUAUUCGAGAAUGCCAUACGUUCGGCGUUGAUUGCGCGCCGACAGCAACGUUUCUGGAUGACAAAUUUGAAGAAAGUACAAAAACCGUUGCUGCAGGCACCAUUCCGACCGCCCAAACCGCCACCACCAGAAGUCACCGUAGUAGUGGGCAAUUAUAGACAAGAUAUGUAUAAUAUGUUAAUAUCGCAAACCCACACGGAUCUCAUACUGGUGGUGGGUGCAAGUAAAUUUCCGGUGCAUCGGUUUAUGCUCGCUGCUGCGUCGAACGUCUUUUAUCGGCUAUUGAAUACAGAAUUGACGGAUAUGGGUGGAAGGAGUAGUAGUGAAUCGAGUAUGGUGAGUUCCACAUUCGGUGAAGCGACCACAGCGGACUUUAAUGACGAUACCGAAUGUCUAAUAAGACAUGAGUCCCGUACACAGAGAAUGUGGGAACAGUUAAAACGUCGUUCCAGCUAUCAGGCCUUACCACUAAUUGAAACUAAAAAGCCAAGUGAUCUCUAUAAAGACCUGCAUCAUCCCAUAUUCCAAAAUAUACGCUUAGUGCAGAUGGAGAAUAUGCGUGGCAUUAAUGUAACACAAACAAUUGUCACAUUGACAAAGCUCAUAACGCCGCAAGCGUUACAACAAUGUCUGCAAUUUAUUUAUACCGGCACAAUCGAAAGAGAAUUUCAUAAUUUGCAGGAGAUAAAACAAGCUGCUGAUUUCUUAGAACUGCCUCAAUUGACUGUAUUACUUUCCAAGCCACAAACUCUUUUAGCCAGUCUAAACGAUGAACCAAAUCAACAUUUUUGUCUUAGCAUUAAAGAGAAUAUGGGCAAGCACUGUGUUGGUGAUGGCUGCUUUAGUGAUGUUACUUUCGAACUGGAUGAUGGUCAAAUGAAAGCACAUCGCGCCAUUUUAGUUGCACGCUGUGAUGUUAUGCGCGCCAUGUUAGCCGGUGACUUUCGUGAGGCGCACUCAAGUGUGAUCGUCUUUCCCGGCGUCACGAUUUAUACGUUUCAUAAGUUGCUCUGUUAUUUGUACACAGAUGAAAUACCUCCAAUAUCCGCAGAUAAAUGUUUAAAUCUUUUAGAAUUGGCAAAUCGUUUAUGUUUACCUCGACUAUUGAAUUUAGUCGAAUGCCGUGUGAUUGAAGACUUAACAAUGAUUUCGCAGAGCGAAACGAAUGAGACGGUCGAACAUUGUCUAAAGUUGCUCGAACCAGUGAAGCUGCACAAUGCCCAUCAACUAGCCGAAUGGUGUAUGUCAUACCUGUGCGUCAAUUACAAUAUAAUUUGUAAAUUCUCACUCAAAGGCCUCAAAGCGUUGCAUCAGGAUAAUCAGGAGUAUUUACGUGAACAUCGUUGGCCGCCAGUUUGGUAUUUAAAGGAUUUCGAUUAUUAUCAACGUUGCAUAAAUGAAAUGAACAAAGAGUUGAAGAAUUCGCGGCGUGAUUCGCGUAGCGAUGAUGAAGGUUGCCUCUGUUUUACAGGUGUGUUCUCUUGGCUAUUAGGCAGCAACGGUGGCGGCAAAUCGAAGAGGAUCACUGAUCCCAAUAGCAAUGGCGGCGGCACCGGUGAUCAUAGUACAACAGAUAAUCAAAUAUUUAACAGCACAGCGAAUUCGAUGAAUCAACUGGACUUGGAGGCGGCUGAAGUGGAUUUGAAUCUCUGA